GUACAAAGUAAAAUAUCAGGUUUAAGGGUACCCAGAGCUAGUUCAAACCAGGACUGGCCUAAUUUGCAUUUUCUAUACUUCACCAAAACGGACCUCCGUUUGACCUCUUUCUCGGUUGUCAUUUUCUUUAAUGUACAAUAACAAAUAGGUUUUUACUAUCCUGCAAGCAAUCGCAAAGGUCAGCGCAAUGGAAGAUCCACCACGGGGCCGGGAACCGCCCGUGAAACUUUCCAUCCUCGGCCAGGAGAGUAUCGUCAUAGGGUUUGACAUAUGGCGAUCGUUGAUAGCCAAAGAUUUACUUUCGAAUAUCACAUCAUCCACGUACGUUCUAGUCACAGAUACGACCAUUGGACCUCUCUAUCUCUCCGAGUUUCAGAAUGUCUUCGCAGAGGAAACCGCUCGUUCAGGUGCAGAUGCAAGGCUCCUUACUUAUCAAAUUCCACCGGGAGAGUCAGCGAAGUCAGCUGCCACGAAAGAGCUGGUUGAGACCUGGAUGCUGGAGAACCAGUGUACACGGGAUACCGUUGUGAUAGCGCUCGGUGGAGGUGUUAUCGGAGAUUUGAUCGGCUUCGUUGCAGCUACUUUCAUGCGGGGAGUGCGUUUCAUUCAAAUACCCACAAGUUUGCUAGCAAUGGUCGAUUCAUCCAUAGGAGGAAAAACUGCAAUCGACACCCCACUGGGAAAAAACCUCAUUGGUGCUUUUUGGCAACCAGCGCGUAUAUACAUCGACCUUCGUUUCCUUGUCACCUUGCCAGAAAGAGAAUUCAUCAACGGCAUGGCUGAAGUCAUCAAGACCGCUGCGAUUUGGGACGUCAAUGAAUUUGAGGUGUUAGAAAACAACGCCGAAGAGAUUAUGCAGGUCAUAAGGAGCAGAAAAAGUCGAAACGAAGAGUCGUUUUACAAAAUCCGCUCCAAGUUAAUGCAGAUGGUCCUUGGGUCAGUGCGAGUGAAAGCCUAUGUCGUCUCUGCUGAUGAGCGUGAAGGCGGCCUCAGGAAUCUUGUCAAUUUCGGGCAUUCAAUCGGCCAUGCAAUUGAAGCACUUUUGACACCCCAGGUGCUGCAUGGCGAAUGCGUCUCUAUCGGCAUGAUAAAGGAAGCCGAGCUUGCCCGUUAUCUUGGCAUUCUAAAGCCCGGAGCCGUUGCCAGGCUUGCCAAAUGUCUCACGUCUUACGGUCUUCCGACGGCGCUAGAUGAUGCUAGAAUCCGCAAGCUUACGGCUGACAAGCAUUGCCCAGUUGAUAAGCUGCUGUCUAUCAUGGCCGUGGAUAAAAAGAAUGAGGGGAAGAAGAAGAAGAUAGUGUUACUUUCAGAAAUUGGGAGCACCUUUGAACCCAAGGCCAGCGUAGUCGCUGAUCGCGAUAUUCGACUAGUACUUUCUCCGAGUGUCUCAGUUUCGCCAAAUAUUCCGAAGACCCUCAAAGUAUCCUGUACCCCGCCUGGAUCCAAAAGCAUUUCGAACCGCGCCCUCGUUCUUGCGGCGCUCGGUUCAGGAUCCUGUCGGAUUAGAAACCUUCUCCAUUCAGACGAUACUGAGGUCAUGCUGACAGCUCUCCAACAACUCGGGGCUGCCACUUACAGCUGGGAGGAUGAGGGAGAGGUUUUAGUAGUUACUGGCAAAGGAGGAGAUCUACAUGCCAGCCCUAGUCCUGUCUACCUAGGCAAUGCAGGGACAGCUUCGAGAUUCCUAACGGCUGUCGCAACCCUUGCAAGCCCUUCGACAGCAGGCUCGACGAUUUUGACUGGCAACAAGCGUAUGAAGCAACGCCCUAUUGGUCCCUUACUAGAGUCUCUAAGGGCAAAUGGUAUGGAUGUCACGUCGCUCGAAAGGCCUGGGAGCCUUCCUGUCAAUGUCCCGGCUUGUGGAGGUCUUACAGGAGGGGACAUCACUCUUGCAGCUACAAUCUCGUCGCAGUAUGUGUCCGCGCUUCUCAUGUGUGCGCCAUAUGCGAAAUCGCCAGUUACGCUUCGUCUCACGGGCGGUAAGCCGAUAUCGCAACCAUACAUAGAUAUGACUAUUGCUAUGAUGGCAUCAUUUGGCGUGCAAGUCGUUCGGUCCACGUCCGAAGAGCACACUUAUCACAUUCCGAAUCGUGGCUACACAAAUCCCCCUGAUUAUAUGGUCGAAAGUGACGCUAGUUCCGCAACUUACCCUUUGGCUAUUGCAGCAAUUACCGGCACGACUUGCACAGUGCCGAACAUUGGCUCAAAAUCACUCCAGGGCGAUGCCCGGUUUGCAACAGAUGUUCUUCGGCCGAUGGGCUGUCUCGUAGAACAGACAGACCAAUCCACUACCGUUACAGGCCCGACCGAUGGCAAGCUGCGACCACUUCCUGAAAUUGAUAUGGAACCCAUGACUGAUGCAUUUCUAACUGCUUCCGUCCUGGCGGCCGUUGCGCAGAGUGCUGAUCCUGCUGAUUCAAGCGUAACGCGAAUAACUGGCAUUGCUAAUCAGCGCGUCAAAGAAUGUAAUCGCAUAAAGGCUAUGAAAAAUGAAUUGGCGAAGUUCGGCGUUGUGUGCAGGGAGCUUGACGAUGGAAUUGAAGUUCAUGGAAUCGACCGAAAGACGCUUAAGGAUCCUACGGAAGGCGUGUUUUGCUACGAUGACCAUCGCGUAGCAAUGAGCUUCAGCGUUUUCUCUUUGGCAGCACCGAAACCAGUAUUAAUUUUGGAACGAAGCUGCGUCAGCAAAACAUGGCCUGGCUGGUGGGAUGUCCUUGCCAGGAUAUUCGAAGCUUCCCUUGAGGGUGUUGAGCCUGAGCGCUCUUUUCAUGGCGAAAAGCAACAUAGCCAGUCACCGGCGAACUCAAUCGUAAUCAUUGGUAUGAGAGGCGCAGGGAAAACGACCAUUGGCGGAUGGUCUUCUCAGCUGAUGGGAUGGCCGCUAAUUGAUCUAGAUGCUGAGUUGGAAGAGACUGAAGCCAAAGAAAUUCCAAGUAUUAUAAGGCAAUUAGGCUGGGAAGGAUUCAGACGCGCCGAGCUGAAUCUACUCCAGCGUGUCUUGAAAGAAAAAUCCUACGGCCAUGUCAUAGCCUGCGGAGGAGGAGUUGUGGAGACGCCGGAAGCUCGACAGCUUCUCUUGAAGUACAAAAACGAGGGCGGUGUGAUCCUCUUGGUGCACCGUAAUGAACAACAAGUGUUGGAGUAUCUUAACCUUGACAAGUCUCGCCCCGCUUAUGCAGAAGAUAUUUUGAACGUCUGGAAAAGAAGAGAACCUUGGUAUCGGGAGUGUAGCAAUUUCCAGUAUUUCAGCUCCGAUGUGCAUGCUAACGGAGUCGACCUCCCCACGCCGGAUUUCUCCAGCUUCCUAAAAGUGGUUACAGGAAAGCGAAAGUGCCUGGAAAACUUGAACACUAAGGAGCGCUCUUUCUUUGUCUCUUUGACGAUUCCUGACAUCCGGCUCGAAAUUGAUCUGCUAAGAGAGAUCGUCGUUGGCUCAGAUGCAAUAGAAUUGAGGGUUGACUUGUUAAAAGAUCCGAAUUCGCCGAGCCAAAUACCUUCUCUGGAUUAUGUCAUUGAACAGCUGGCGCUACUCCGAUCGCAUGUGUCUAUUCCUGUAAUAUUCACGAUUCGCACUCGUUCGCAGGGCGGAAACUUCCCUGAUGGCGCAGAAUAUGAAGCGUUCCGACUCUACCAAGCUGCGUUUAGGAUGGGACUCGAGUUCAUUGAUCUUGAGCUGCAAUGGCCGGAGGACAUGCUGGAUCAACUCACAGAGCAGAAGGGGAAUUCAAGGAUCAUUGCAUCGCACCACGACCCUCAGGGUCUUCUGUCCUGGGAAACUGGAUCGUGGGUCCCUACUUACAACAAAGCUUUGCGCUAUGGCGACGUGAUAAAAUUAGUUGGCUGUGCGUCUCGACUGGAAGACAAUUUCGCUCUUGCAAAAUUCCGAUCCUGGGGCGAAGCGGCGCACAAUGUUAAGAUCAUAGCAAUCAACAUGGGCGAGAAAGGGAAGCUCAGCAGAGUUCUCAACACCUUCUUGACGCCCGUUACCCACCCAGCAUUGCCAUUCAAAGCUGCGCCCGGUCAACUCUCUGCCGCUGAAAUUCGCGGCGUGCUCUCACACAUCGGUGAAAUAGAGCAGAAAGAUUUUUAUCUUUUUGGAAAGCCAAUUACAGCUUCACGAUCCCCUGCUCUCCACAAUAGCCUCUUUGGGAGGGUCGGCUUGCCUCAUAAAUACCAUCUUUUGGAAACCGAUAAUGUUGAGCAAUUGAGGAGCGUGAUUAGAUCCGAGAACUUCGGCGGUGCCUCUGUUACAAUUCCCCUAAAGCUUGACAUCAUUCCUCUGCUAGACGAAAUUUCAUACGAAGCAGAUAUAAUUGGCGCGGUCAACACCGUCGUGGUGGAAAGGUCGUCAACCGAUGGUUCCAAUCGGCUUGUAGGACGAAACACCGACUGGCAAGGAAUGAUACAUUCCCUGCGUAAUGCAGGCGCUCUUGAAUCCGCUGGCACGCAAAGUGCGAUGGUAAUUGGAGGAGGUGGAACCGCUAGAGCAGCGAUUUUUGCUCUGAAAUCUAUGGGAUAUUCCCCUAUUUAUCUUGUGGGGCGAUCUGCCGAAAAGCUCACUGUCCUUAAGGAUUCUUUCCCAGAUUCAUACAACCUAAAAAUGCUUACUGCUGUUGAACAUGUCAACGAGUUGGAGAGCGUGCCAAUUGUCGGCGUAGGGACCAUUCCUGCCGAUGGGCCAAUCGAGCAGAAUAUGCGAGAAGUGCUUGCUCGAAUCUUUUAUCUCCCAAAGAAGGCAGGUCGGCAGCUAAGCAUAUUGCUUGAAAUGGCAUAUAAACCGCGUGUUACUGCACUGAUGCAGCUUGCCGAAGAUGCAGGAUGGGUCACAAUUCCCGGUUUGGAGGCUCUGACAGGGCAGGGUCUGUAUCAGUUUGAAUAUUGGACUGGCAUUACGCCUCUAUACAAGCACGCCAGGGAGGCAGUUAUGGGUGAAAUUUGAAACUAAAUUAUCAAUGAGCUGGCAGCACGAACAAUUGCGGCCGAGCAAGGAAAACAAGAUUCAUAGUUCAUUAGUUCAUUAUUUCUCAAGAUCAUCCUUGGAUUGUUCCCAAAAAUAAAAUACUUUUUAUUGUGGAUUAUGCAAAAGUGAUUAUUUUAGACAAUGAAUAUUUAGUCUAGGCUGUCAACAUAACAGUUAAAAAAAGCGGAG